AUGUUAUAUAAAAGCAGAAGCUUACUCCAAUGGUUUCCUAGAAGGUCUCUGGUGACGUUGGUGUCGUCGUUUUCCCCAAUGAAAUCUCUAGUCCAACCACUCGCUACUAGCGCAGCAAAUACGUCAGUAUCGACUUUUCAGAGGCCAUCAGUGAUAUCCUUAGUUUUCGGUUUGAAUCAAAGGAGGUGGAAAAGUAGGGGAAAUACAUUUCAGCCAAGUACUCUGAAACGUAAGAGGAGAGUUGGUUUUUUGGCAAGAGCAAGAAGUAAGACUGGGCAGAAGAUCCUCAAGAGGAGGAAAGAAAAGGGUAGAUGGUACCUGACUUAUUGA